AUGUGGGCAUAUAAAAGGCCUUCUACAGGAACAAUUGUCCAGACUCCUCACCUACACAACUUUUCUACCCAAGGACAAACUCUCCACUCAACAACCAACACCAUGUGUGGCAGCUACUACGGAAACUACUAUGGAGGCCGUGGCUAUGGAUGCUGUGGCUAUGGAGGCCUGGGCUAUGGUUACGGAGGCAUGGGCUAUGGCAAUGGAGGCUGUGGCUAUGGAGGCCUGGGCUUUGGCUAUGGAGGCCUGGGCUGUGGCUUCCGCAGCCUGGGCUGUGGCUAUGGCUGUGGCUAUGGAUAUGGCUCCCGGUCCCUCUGUGGCUGUGGUUAUGGAUGUGGCUCUGGCUAUGGCUCUGGCUUUGGAUACUACUAAGGAAAAAAACCAUGAGAGAUUCUCAACCUAUAUAUUCAUAACACCAAGAUUCACAAAUUCUGAAUGCCACAUGUCCUCAGCAUCACUUUUGGAAGAUGUUGAUCCUGCACUGGAAGUCUAAUAUGUCUGUUUUUGAACUAUACAGAACCUACCAGUUCCUUAAGUUUACCUCAUGAAGUGGGACAAGGUGAAAUUCACCUGACACCUGGCAGUUCUGCCUCAUUAGGAUGACUGUGACAGUUACUGCAUUGAUGGAUUUCAUGAUGGACCUUCUUUCUCUAUUGAUCCAAUAAAUUUAUUUAAUCAAA